AUGUCUCAAAGGGAUACAGCGAUUCAUCUUGUGGCCGGAGGGGUAGCAGGAACAGCAGGAGCUGUUGUAACAUGUCCUUUGGAGGUGGUGAAAACUCGGCUUCAGUCCUCUAAGGGAGUAGGAAUCCCUCCACCACCUCCCUCAUCUAAUGCAACAAGUUCCAAAAGAGUCUGCUCAAAAAUACCUAAACACCAGGAGGCCAAAUGGGGCUACCGCCGCACCAUGGGCGCUAUGUUCGCGUACAGCAAGCAAGCAGAUCGCAUGCUGAUGUCGUACAAUUACCAGGUGCAGCAGUGCGCGCGCGCAGGCCACGCCAGGACGGCGCAGAGGAUGAGCCUUAUUCAGUGCAUCAGGUAUAUCGUGAAGAAUGAAGGGGCGAGGGCGCUUUUCAAAGGCUUAGGCCCGAACAUAGUGGGCGUCGCUCCGUCCAGAGCCAUCUAUUUCUGCACAUACUCGCAGGCGAAGGCCAUUCUCAACCAGCACAUAUCUCCAGACACUCCAAUCGUGCAUCUGUCGGCGGCCAGUGCAGCCGGAUUUGUCUCUUGCACUUUGACAAACCCGAUAUGGUUCGUGAAAACGCGUCUUCAACUGGACGGACAAAACAUCACGGCGCUGGAGUGCAUCAAGAGGAUAUACGCGAAGCACGGUAUAAAGGGCUUCUACAAGGGCAUAACAGCUUCGUACAUGGGCAUUAGCGAGACGGUGGUCCACUUCGUGCUGUACGAGGGCGUGAAGGCGCGCCUCAUGGCGGCCCGCAGCACGGACGGCGUGGUCAGCGAUACUCGCUCCCCGCGGGACUUUCUCGAGUUCAUGGCUGCCGGGGCCUUCUCCAAGACGAUCGCGUCUUGCAUCGCUUAUCCGCAUGAAGUGGCAAGAACGCGUCUCCGUGAAGAAGGCGACAAGUACCGCAAGUUCUGGCAAACGCUGCACACAGUUUGGAUGGAGGAGGGAUAUCGCGGAGUCUAUAGGGGCCUCGGCACCCAGCUAGUCCGGCAAAUACCAAACACAGCAAUCAUGAUGUCGACCUAUGAAGCAGUGGUGUACCUCCUCACCACGCACUUCAAUAGUUCCUUCUAUGAGAACACUUAG